UCGGACGAUGAUCGAAUGUAAAUAUUGUGUAUGUUUUUCUAAAUAGUGAUUGAAAAUAUAUAAUAUAAACUUUGUGCUAAGCCUGCGAAAUUGAUAGGUAGAUAUUUUGAUUAGCUACGUUGGAAAAAAUAUCUUUAUCAGUUGCUGUUUGGUGUAAUACGAGUAUAGAUCUUACGCAAAUAAAAUGGUCGAUUCCGAUAAAGGCACUGCUCGAAAGCUGCCCCAAUACGUUGCUGCAUUAUCAGUUUGUUUGGGCGCAGUUGCGGCGGGCACAGUGCUGGGUUGGACAUCAAACAUCGGUGAUCCUUUGGAGAAAGGCGAUCUGAACGACGUGACUGCUGACAAAGACAACCAGCAGGGUUGGAUUGGAUCGUGGAUGACGCUCGGUGCUAUGAUAAUGUGCUUCCCCAUCGGCUACCUCUGCGACCUUCUCGGCAGAAAACUGACCAUGUUGUUGUUGAUAGUGCCGUUCACUGUUGGAUGGUUGUUGAUAAUAUUUUGUGCAAACAUUGAAAUGAUUUAUGUCGGACGAUUCAUUUUGGGUUUGGCUGGAGGAUCGUUUUGUGUAUCUGCGCCUUUGUACACAAGUGAAAUCGCUGAGGACGCGAUCCGCGGCACAUUGGGCACAUUUUUCCAAUUGCUUCUUGUGGUUGGGAUUUUGAUGAGUAACAUUAUGGGUGCAUAUGUGGAGAUUAAGGCGUUUUCGAUUAUAUGUGCAAUUAUUCCUAUUAUUUUUGGACUUGUAUUCUUCUUUCAACCUGAAACUCCAGUGUACUUGGCUAAGAAAGGGAAAUACGAUGAAGCGAAGAAGUCUCUGGAGAGAUUCCGUGGACCAGCCUACAAAUGCGAUAUAGAACUUGAGGAAAUAAAGAAAGCAUUGGAAGAGGAGAAAAAUAAUAAAGUUUCAUUUAUGGAGUCACUUAAAACUACCGCUUCGAAAAAGGCUAUCCUCAUAUGUUUUGGACUUAUGUUUUUCCAACAGCUCAGCGGUGUUAACGCUUUUGUGUUUUAUACCGGUAACAUUUUUACCACAACCGGAUCUUCUAUUGAUCCCAGUCAAGCCACAAUUUACGUGGGAGCCGUACAACUUGUUGCCACAUUCGUUUCGUCGCAGGUUGUGGAUAGGUUUGGUAGGAGAGUACUGCUAAUGUUCUCCGACUUUUUCAUGAUGAUCGCUAGUUUGGUACUGGCUAUCUACUUCUCGAUAAAACCAAAUUUGACACAAGAAGAAAUCGAAAACAUCGGAUGGAUUCCCAUAUCAUCGCUUAUCAUUUUCUUCAUCGUAUUUUCCCUAGGUUAUGGUCCAAUUCCUUGGUUGGCGUCUUCAGAACUGAUGCCACAAGAAAUUAAGGCAAACGCAUCAUCGGCCGCAGCUACAUUCAACUGGUUCCUGGCAUUUUUAGUAACGAAAUUUUAUGCAGAUUUAUCGAACGCUUUGAAUGAAUAUGGUCCAUUCUAUAUUUUCUCGGCCAUCUCAUUGGCAGGUACUGCUUUCGUAUACUUCUUGUUGCCAGAAACUAAGGGUAAAUCACAAGCAGAGAUCCAGUUGGAAUUAUCUGGUGGCAAAUCAGAAAAAUCUGGUAUUGACAACCCAGCAUAUAAUUAAUUAAUUGUUGAUCUUUAAUUAUUUAUUAUACUCUUAAACAAACCAACAGCAAUUAUUAUAUUUUAAAUAAAUGUUAAUUUUUUAGUUAUUA